AUGGACGCCUUCCGGAGGUCAUUCAUGCCGGCCGACUCCUACAAGCAGCGGGCUGUUGACUUCGAGCACCUGGAGGAGCAACCCAUCCUCUCCCGCCGCCUGAGCUCCCCUGGUGGCGGCGGAAACGAGGGCUACGCCGGUGGACCAUCGACAGCGUCUAGUUUUAGGCGUCGGAAGGAGGGAGCUGCCGCCGCCGCCGCCGCCGACUUCUGUUCUCAGCGGCAAAGCUGCGAGGAUCCGGCUUCGAAGCUUAUCGAGGAAUUUCUCCGGAAGCAGAAGGCCAACGGAGGCGACGUUGCUCUGGACAUGGACAUGGACAUGGAGAUGGAGGAACUCAGGAAACCAUCUACCAGCUCCAAGGAGUCCCCCGUCCCUCCCCAGAACCCUUUCACCGAGAUGCUCCGCCGCCGCUUGCCCUCCUUCUCCGACAGCGACGGCCGUAGCGAGCGUAAAAACCCGAUAGCUCCUCCCUCCAGCAGAAAUCUCACGGGCGGCGCCGCCGACGCCGGAGGAGAUGAGGUUUUGAAAUGCUCCUCAAAUUUGUCCAUUCACCGGGUCUCAGGCAGGCUGCGGACCAAUACAAGGUCGAGGCUGAUGGAUCCUCCCCAGCUCCCUUCUGUAACUCCGAAGAAUCGGUCUGAAAUGGUGUCAAAUGCGGAGAGAUUAGGGAAGUCCUCGCAUCAGUGCGGUGAGGACGUCGACGACGACGACGACGACCCGUUUCUAGACGAGAACAUCCCGGAGGAGUUCAAGCGUUCCAAGGUCAACUCCCUCGGCAUGAUUCAGUGGGCCAGCCUCUUCCUCGUCAUCGUUGCACUGAUCUGCAGCCUCACAAUUCCCGUCCUCCAGCGGCAGACCUUCUGGGAUCUCCGUCUGUGGAAAUGGGAGCUCCUGGCUCUCGUGCUCCUCUGCGGGCGCCUCGUCUCCGGCUGGGGCGUCCGCAUCGUCGUCUUCUUCUUCGAGCGCAACUUCUUUCUGCGCAUGCGCGUCCUCUACUUCGUCUAUGGGGUGCGGAAGGCGGUGCAGAACUGCCUCUGGCUGGGCCUCGUCCUCGUCGCCUGGAAGUACAUCAUCGACCAGAAGGCGGAGGUGGAGACCAGGAGCAAGGUCCUGCCCUACGUCUCCAAGAUCCUGGUUUGCCUCCUGGUGGCGACUCUGCUGCGACUGGUGAAGACCUUCGUAGUCAAAGUUCUGGCAUCAUCGUUCCACAUGAGGACGUAUUUUGAUCGGAUUCAAGAGGCCCUCUUCCACCAGUAUGUGAUCCAGACUCUGUCGGGCCCUCGCUCGAUCGAUCUCCGGGGUCUGAGGGAAGAAGAUGAGGAGCAGCAGGUCGUGGCCGAGAUGCAGAAGCUCCAGAUGGCCGGGGUGGCGAUUCCGGCGGAGCUCAAGCGGGCAACGAUGGCGAGCGAGCGCGGAGAGGCCAACUGGAGUUCCUCAGAGCCUGCUGUAGGCGGCGGCAAGAAGAGAACCGCUCCAGGAGCGGGGCUGAAGAAAGGUUUCAGCCGGCAGCAGAGUGCAGGGAUCGCCAUGGAACGCCUGCACAGGUUGAGCCAGAAGAAUGUGUCGGCGUGGGGCUUGAAGAAGCUGAUGAACAUCGUGCGGCAUGGCUCUCUGUCUACGCUCGACGAGCAGAUAUCUGGCGCGAGUGGGGAGGACGAAUCUAUCGUGCAGAUUCUGACUGAGUACCAGGCAAAGGCCGCCGCCAAGAAGAUUUUCGAUAAUGUGGCCAAGCCUGGAUCCAAGUAAGCUCUGCUUCUUUUCUAUCUCAUCUGUUCUUCACCCAUGAGGCAGGAACCUUAUGAACUCGUGGGCAUUGAGGUCUCGCUUACCAAGUAGAAUGCCCACAAAUGAACUCGUAGGUGAAGUCUUGGCCUUUUCUCUUAAGUUCAGUAUGGUUUCUGUCACCUUCAAAUCUAUCAUAUGGUCCUUGGCCUCAUAUUUAACUAGUUUCAGCAUCGCUAUAGUUUGCCCCCGAGAGUCUAGGACGAAUUCGUCGAAAAUAUCAUAUAAUUAGCUCUCCUGCGUGCCCACAGAUGGACCAUUGAACACUCCGACGCCUUUCAAGUCUUUAAUUAGGUUUUUGUUUCCGGAGGAUGCGACGUGAUUGAGCCAUGUUUGAGGUUUUGCGAACCUUGAUUGCCUUCCAUGAGGCAUCUUCGUGAUGAGCUUCUUGAUGAGAAAAUUAUGUCAUGUAAUCGAGAAUUUAUCAAGCGCAAAGAAAGAAUGCGGCAGCUGAUCUAGUUGAAGUGGUCUAAUGUGCCAGUCGUCAUCUUUCUUAUUGCUACUUUCCAUGGAUCUUCCGGUGGCAUUAAAUUGUUCAUCAUGUGAGAAUCAUAGUUACUAAGCUGUACAUAGAAUGUCAAAUGCGCUCGGGUUAUCCAGAAUAUUGAAGUUUGUCAACUUUCUUUGGAUGAAACAUCCAGAUAUAAAUUAAGAAAAAACCAGACCAUCUAAUUAGAAAUUAGGACCACAGGUUUGCUUGGAAAUUCGAUAUUCUGACAUAUUAUCGAUUUUUCCUCGUAUUCUUGCAGUCUUCCGAUCCAUUUCACCAAUGCCCUUUGACUUCUUGAAUUCUGGCAGAAUGGACUCUUGGACCCUAUCAUGCGACUUUAAAAACCUUUUUUCACUGUACUUUGUCAGAGAAAAUUUUCUUUUCCUUGAGGAGAUAUUACUAUUCAUACAUUUUUCGUCAACUGUAGAUCACGAGAGUGUGUAUUGAGUAUCAGGGUAUGACUUGAUAUGGUUUCAAAGUAAGCCAAAUGCUAUAUGGUUCAUGUGUCGAAAAUGAUUCAUGAGCACCUGAAAAGUCAACUUAGUUUCAGGAGAACUACACCUCCUUUUCUUCUUCUUCUUCUUCUUGCACUGCUUGCACAGUCUGCAUCGUCUUCCCUCAAUUACGAGCUACUGUUUUCUAAAUUAUGCGUUUUUAUUUCAAAUCAUGAAGCCCUCACAGAAAUCGACCUCUGUGCCAUAAACAUCUUCAGGCACAUCUAUCUCGAGGAUUUGAUGUGUUUCAUGGGGGAAGAUGAAGCUCUCAAGGCUAUGGGUCUUUUUGAAGGAGCUCUGCAGAGCAAUCGAGUUAGCCGGCGCUCGCUUAAGAACUGGGUGGUGAUUGAUCCUCCCGCUCUUCCCUUCAUCUUUUGAAUCAGGGCCUCAUACAAAAUCGACAAUUUCAUCAGCAUGAACGCCAGAUUUCUUUUGAAGCUUGCUUCAUGUUUCUGCAGAUUAAUGCGUUCAGAGAACGUAGGGCCCUUUCAUUGACGCUCAACGACACCAAAACCGCCGUAAAGAGGCUGCACCAGAUGGUCAAUGUUGUCAUGGCCGUUGUCAUCUUUGUUCUCUGGCUUCUAAUUAUGGAUCUUGCGACCGUUCAUCUUCUGGUCCUGGUCAGCUCCCAGCUCCUCCUGCUGGUUUUCGUUUUCGGUAAUACCUUGAGGAUGGUCUUCGAAGAUCUUAUCUUCCUAUUUGGGAUGCACCCCUUCGAUGUUGGUGACCGUUGUGAGGUAGACGGAGUUCAGGUACUAAACACUGCACUGCGCCUUCCUCAAGGUAUCUGACGAGCCGCUAAGACCAUGUAUCUCCGAGUUUCAGAUGAUCGUCGAGGAGAUGAAUAUCUUGACGACAGUCUUUCUGAGGUAUGACAACCAGAAGAUCGCUUACCCUAACAGCGUGCUUCUGACCAAACCCAUCAGCAACUUCUAUAGAAGUCCGGAUAUGUGGGACUUCGUUGACUUCUGCAUCGACGUUGCAACGCCCGAGGAGAAGGUCGCAUUGAUGAAGGAGAGAAUCAAGGCGUGAGUAGCAAAAUUAGGCACAUUCAUCUUCUUCUUAUUUUCGGACAGUGCGUUUAGAUUCAUUUUUAUACUGUAACUUGGGCAGACACAUUGAAGAGAAGGAGGACUACUGGUACCCUAACCCUAGUGUGAUGCUCAGAGAUGUGGAGGACAUGAACAAGUUGAAGGUUUCGAUCUGGUUGCAGCACCGGAUGAAUCACCAGAACAUGGUGGAGAGGUGGACGCGGAGGGAGCUCGUCGUGCAGGCGAUGAUCAAGGUCUUCAGGGAGCUUCAGAUCGAGUACAGGAUGCUGCCCCUCGACGUCAGCGUCAGGAACAUCCCUCCUCCAUCCUCAUCCCGACUGCCUUCUACUUGGUCAACCUGCGGCUGA